UAAUUUUUAAAAACCCAGUGAGUCUGGUUGGAGGCUGAUAUAUCUGAGAGUUGGGCACGCAGGGCGCGCGUCCGCCGGAGACACAGUCUCCACAUCUGCAGCACGAUGCGCCGCGCGUCCGUCCGCGUCGGCUGGGCACUGUGCUGCCUGUGCGCGUCCUGGGCCGUGUGCGCACUGGAGCGCCCGGGGCAGCACCAGGGGGAGAACCAGGGGGACCACCCGGUGAACCACCCAGAGGAAGACCCGGAGGACGACCAGAUGAUCCUGGACCUGAUCCGACAGGACUGGACGCAGUCCGAGCCCGGAGCCGAGCCCGCCGCGGACUUCCUCAAGUGCAACAAGGCGGCGUGGCGCAUCCCCGGCCAGUACCUGGUGGUGCUGCGGGCGGGGACGCGCGAGGCUCCGGUGCACAGGACCGUGCGGAGGCUGCGGGCCCAGGCGGCCCGGAGGGGAUACCUGCUGGACAUCCUGCAGACAUACUCCGGGGCCCUGCAGGGCUUCCUGGUCAGGAUGAGCCGCGACGUGCUUCACCUGGCGCUGAAGCUCCCUCACGUCCACUACAUCGAGGAAGACUCCUCCAUCUUUGCUCAGAGCGGUGCCCCCUGGAACCUGCUGCGGCUGCUGCAGCCUCAUGGUGGCGUCCAGGAGAACGGGACGUACAGGCCCCCCAAUGAUGGAGGGAUGGCGGAGGUGUACCUGGUGGACGGCAGCGUUCAGAGCUCUCACAGAGAGGUGGAAGGCCGGGUGCUCAUCACAGACUUCAGCGACGUCCCAGACGAGGAUGGAGUCCGGGUCCACAGACAGGCGAGUCAGUGCGACGGCCACGGCACUCACCUGGCGGGUGUGGUGAGCGGGUCGGACUCGGGGGUGGCUCCAGGCGCCGGCGUCAACGUGGUGCGCGUGCUCAACUGUCAGGGCAAGGGGACGGUGUCCGGAGCUCUGGCAGGGAUGGAAUACAUCCGUGCCACGUUACAGGCCCGCCCCGUGAACGCCGUGGUCGUGUUGCUGCCUUUCAUCGGCGGCUUCAGCCGGUCCUUGAACGCAGCAUGCAGGGACAUGGUGGCCCACGGAGCGGUGGUCAUCGCUGCGGCGGGGAACUACCGGGACGACGCUUGUCUCUACUCUCCUGCGUCGGAGCCCGAGGUCAUCACGGUGGGGGCCGUCAGCUCUGCAGACCAGCUGAUGUCACAGGGUGCAGGCGGCAGCAACUUUGGCCGCUGCGUGGACUUGUUCGCCCCUGGCGACGACAUCGUCAGCGCCAGCAGCGACUGCAACACCUGCUUCACAUCCCGCAGUGGGACGUCCCAGGCUGCGGCGCACGCUGCAGGGAUAGCAGCAGUGAUCCUGUCGUCCAGUGAGCUCGCGUCACCGGUGCAGGUCCUGCAGAAGAUGCUGCAUCACUCCAUCAGCAACACCAUCAACCUGCUGUCUCUGACGGAGACGCAGCGCCUCACCACUCCCAACCUGGUGGCCGCCGUCCCCGCCGCCGCCGACCCGGCACCAAAUGCAGAGCUGCUCUGUCGCUCCGUCUGGUCCCAGAGGUCAGGGCUCGCCAACACCGACCGGGUCAGCAGCCGCUGCCGUCGGGGGGAGGAGAUGAUGGGCUGCAGCAGCUACGCCCCCGACGGGGUCCGAGGGGGGGAGACUAUCACGGAGGAUGGCGGAGGCUCAGAGUGCGUGGCCUACAACGGUCCGGCGGGUAACGGCGUGUUCGCCGUGGCGCGCUGCUGUGUGAUCGGGGGCCUGCAGUGCCAGGCCCACGCCAGCCCCGAGGCUGGGAAGGAUGCUCAGUGUGUCGGCUCCCGGCACCACCUGACCGGCUGCACCGCCUGGUCCACGGAGGAGCUGUCGUCCGACUCCCGCCCGCACCAUGACCACGGGAGACGCUGCGUGGGGAAGGCAGGGGUCACGUCGCAUGCCGUCUGUUGCCAGGCUCCAUCUCUGGAAUGCCGCGUGCUGGAGAACACGGCAGCUGACGGAGAUCAGGUGGAGGUGUCCUGUCCCUCUGGCUGGACGUUGACGGACUGUAGCGCCGUCUCUCAGGACUCUGCUGUCUCUGGCUCAGUUGCCAGGGACAACCGCUGCCUCGUCCACAGCGCUACAGGGGCGAAGGGUGCGGCGGGGGUCGCCGUGUGCUGCCGUGCUGCACCUCCGGAGCAGACCGCUAACUGAUCAAACGCUGCAUCACGUCCGUCGCCCCGAGUGCGGCUCUGACCCCUUCACCCUGACGAAGACUAACCUGCUAAACAUUCACAGUAACCACUUCUGCAAAGCUCCUUGUGUGUGUUGUAUUACCCGUGUUGUGUUGAUGCCAGACACCAUUACUCUCACACCACUUGGUAGAUGCAGGGUUGAAGAUAUAACCAAAUAUUUUUGUACCUUUCUACUAAACAAGCUUGUAAUAAAAGCGGCAGCCAUGAACGUGGGAUUUCAAUGAGCCAGUAUUUACCUGAUGUACCGUCUGCAUGCUCUUUACAAACCAAUAAACUGAUGAAACUAAAAUGAGCUGGAAGUGAACAUCCAGUGUCUUGAACAUGUGGUCUAAGUGCUGCCGGAUACCCUAAACCAAAUCAUCGCACAGGCAAUUUUUAUGCUACAAAUUUGACAACAACAGAUGAGAAACGAGUUUGUAAUGUCUUCUGACGGCGUGGGGGGGUUAAGGCUUGUCUGUGAAAGAGGAGGUGAGGACCGAUA